CGUCAUCAGCGUGGGACAGAAACGGGUGAAAGGUGGUUGUAUAUAUUAUACACCAAUCCACUCAUGUUGGAGUUUAUGCCGCAAGAAUGAUGAAUGUAAACAGAUGGGUCGUGUUGUCUAAGUCUGUUCAUGUCGGACAGAGGCUGCUCGCCAGUAAUGCGAGGCAUGCUGGGAAAGAAGUGCUUCACCUUCGGCAGCGGAGGUCCAUGAAAACGCACUCAAGAAACCUCGCUUACGCCAAAGAUUUGUUCCUCGGGCAGGUCAACAAGGCUGAGGUCUUCCCUUAUCCAGAAAUUGGAAAUGAAGAAGCGGAGGAGAUCAACCAGCUUGUUGCACCCGUGGAGAAAUUCUUCAGUGAGGAAGUUGACUCGGCGAAGAUUGACCGAGAAGCCCAAAUCCCCCCCGAGACUCUGAAUGGGUUGAAGGAGCUCGGGCUGUUUGGGAUCAUGGUUCCUGAGGAGUACGGGGGUCUGGGACUGUCCAACACCAUGUACGCCCGACUGGGAGAGAUCAUCUCAUUAGAUGGAUCUAUUGCUGUAACACUGGCUGCACACCAGGCCAUUGGACUGAAGGGGAUUCUGAUAGCAGGAAAUGAAGCACAGAAGCAGAAGUAUCUGCCCAAACUGGCCUCAGGAGAGCACAUCGCAGCGUUCUGUCUGACCGAGCCUGGAAGUGGAAGUGAUGCAGCCUCCAUCCAGACCCGCGCCACCCUGUCAGAAGACGGGAAACAUUACCUGAUCAACGGCUCGAAGUUUUGGAUUUCAAACGGAGCGAUGGCAGAUGUUAUGACAGUGUUUGCCAGGACGGAUGUGGUUGUAGAUGGCGUGAAGAAAGAUAAGAUUUCGGCGUUCAUCGUGGAGAGGGCUUUUGGGGGCGUCACCAGCGGCAAGCCUGAGGACAAACUGGGCAUCCGAGGCUCCAACACCUGUGAAGUGUCCUUCGACAACGUUCCGGUGCCAGUGGAGAAUGUGAUAGGAGAAGUAGGCGGUGGAUUCAAGGUUGCCAUGAACAUCCUGAACUCGGGGAGGUUCAGUAUGGGAAGUUCUUCAGCUGGAAUGAUUAAAAAACUGAUCGAAUUGACCUCAGAGUACGCUGCAACCAGAAAGCAGUUCAACAAAAGCCUGGGUGAAUUUGGUAUGAUUCAGGAGAAGUUUGCAUUGAUGGCUCUUAAUGCCUUUGUGAUGGAGAGCAUGGCGUACCUGACAGCAGGGAUGAUGGACAGACCGGGCCUUCCAGACUGUUCUCUAGAGGCUGCUAUGGUUAAGGUGUUCAGCUCGGAGGGAGGAUGGAUUUGUGUCAGUGAAGCUCUUCAGGUCCUUGGAGGUCUGGGUUAUACGAAGGACUAUCCCUACGAGCGCUACGUCAGGGACUGUCGCAUCCUGCCUAUAUUUGAGGGUACCAAUGAAAUCCUGAGGAUGUACAUCGCUCUCACUGGAAUGCAGUAUGCCGGCAAAGUCCUCACUGGGAAAAUAAAGGAGAUGAAGAAAGGAAAUAUAGGUCUGGCUUUGGGCAUGCUGGGUAAGAAACUGAGGAACUCAUUCGGAGGUUCAGCGGACCUUGGCCUGACAGGAAAAGACGGAGUGGUGCAUCCCAGCUUGGCCGAAAGUGCAAAGAAGUUUGAACAGAAUGUCGGCCUUUUUGGAUCGACUGUGGAGAGUCUGCUGUACAGAUAUGGAAAGACCAUAGUGGAUGAACAGCUCGUCCUGAAGAGAGUAGCGGAUGUGAUGAUCAACCUCUACGCUAUGACAGCUGUCCUGUCCAGAACCAGUCGCUCCAUCAGCAUCGGGCUCAGGAAUCACGACCACGAGGUGCUGCUCGCAAACACAUUCUGCAGCGACGCUUUCUUCAAGAACAAUUACUUGAUGACUCAGUUGCAAAAACACUCGCCUGAGAACAACGACGCCAACAUCAAGAAGAUUGCCAGGGAGGUCUUGGAGAAGAGAGCCUACGCCUGCUCCCAUCCUCUUGAAAGAACAUACUGAGCUCUCCCAAUGUGAAUGUAAUACUGUGUCUCCUCUAUUCUCAUUGGACAAUAUGAAGCAGGAGAAUUCACCGUUCCAGUGCUUAGUCUUUUCUCUUCUAUUAGUACUUACUUUGGUUGAGAGUAUUUGUACAGACCAACUAAUAAAUUAAGAGAUUUA